AUGUCUGCAUCCUGGUUACCUGCACCGCUCAUCCCCCCAUUCCGAUUCGGAACCGUCGAACCAGAAGUCUACCGCGGCGCAUACCCCAAGCAACGCAAUCUCCGUUACCUCAAACGUCUGAAGCUGAAGACGAUAUUAUCGCUGGUCCCGGAUGAACCAGACGAGGUGUUUCAGGAGUUCUGUCGGGAACAAAGGAUUCUACCUAUUCACCUCUCGGUCGACAAGGUCAAGGAUAAUGUGCCCCUGACGUAUAACCGAGCUGUUGAGGCUGUUCAGAUUAUAAUCGAUCCGGAUAACUUGCCCAUCUAUGUUCACUGCCUGGAUGGAGCCGUUGUGACAGGACUUGUGGUCUGCUGUCUCCGCAAACUUCAGACAUGGAACAUUUCCUCCGCCAUGGGCGAGUUCCUGCGUGGAGGCGUCAUUAGUUCAGAGGAGUCAGUAUUCGUGGAAAAGUUUGGUUCAGAAAUCGAGAUCUCGAAACCGAUCCCGCUGUGGCUGUGGGAGGGCCAGAUCACGUUCAAGAAGCAUCCGACCUUGAAACUCAACUUUACGAUCCCGCCCUCUGAAGCAGGAGCAGGAUCAGCAUCGUCGAGCUCACAAGGAGGAACUGGAACUGGAGCAGGAGCAGGAAAUUUUAACUCGACGUCGUCUCCAUCAUCCAGCAUGUCGGGGUCACAGCAUGGCGGUACUGCAGUCGUGUUCCCGGGUCAGGGCGAUAAUAGCCAACAAUUGGGUGGAAGUGGUGGACAGCUUGUUAAUAGUUCUAGUGGGAACAGUAUAUCCAGUCUCGGAUCUACUGGGUCUACGAUAACAAGCGCUGGAGGUGCAAGAGGCAGCAAUAAUAGCAAUGCUGUGGCAUCAGCGGCGCCAGCAUCUGGAUCGGGACUUAUGAACCAUGCUAGUCGGUCGUCUGCAAAGGGAGCAUCCAGAGACCGUCCAGGAGUCAGCAAGAGCAACAUCCGGACCGACUUGCAGGAACAGUCGGCUUUCGGGCCAAGACCGAGCUCCAUCGCGACACCAGUUACAGCUUCGCAGGCGCAGGUGCGAGGCAAGCGGGGGCUUGUUGGAACCCAGGGAUCAAUAGUAAGAGGCGGAGCGGCUGGGGCGGUUGGAGGGGGUGAUCAUGGUCUGACAGAGAGUUCUGGACUGGGUGCUCGAACGAACGCUACUGCGGUGGGCGCUGAGGGUUCUAGCGGAGUCGGCGCAGGAGGGUUUGAUGCAAACGGACAACAACCAAAGUCUGCUCUCAUCUCUAUCACACAUGAGCAAAGCGACAGGGAUCAGAACUCGGGUACAGCUACAGGAAAGGAAUCCGAUUCGACGACAAAGGAAACCAACACCAAUUCGACGAAUACGGGCUCCAGCAACAACACCCAGGAGCGGACAUCUGGCACCAAGAAUUCACCGGCGUCCACACCCACAACAGUGGUCGUGCCUGAGGUCGUGGAUGAGUACUAUGAAGUCUCCAUGACCCUGAAAGCCCUUGCACUCGAGGGUGCCGAUUUUUAG